AUUUUGGCUGUCCCUCUUUCUGACUCAUUUGGAAUAUAUUACGUAUUUGAUCUCGAAAAUCCCCUAUUUUUAAACUAUUAAGUCAAAAAAUGGGUCGACACGCCCAGAACAACAACGCGAGUUCGGUUUAUACGUACCAUGAACGCAAGAAGGACUCUAAAAUUGGAGGAUAUGGUGAUCAAAAAAUUCGCUUGGGUAAGGAUUCCCUCCAAAAUUUUGAUUGCUGUUGUUUAACGCAGCAAGUAUGCAAGAACCCCGUACUCACACCAGAUGGUUUUUUGUAUGAUAAACAAGCUAUAUUAGAGAAUAUUUUACACCAGAAAAGACAAAUUGCCCGUAAACUAAAGGAAUAUGAAAAGUUAAAAGAGCGAAAAAAGGUGGAAAAGAUUCAAGAAGUUGCUUCAAAAUACCAAGAGGAAGUCAAGAAUUUUGCAGAAAACGAGGGAUCAAUUAUCUCGAAAUCAUUUAAAUCAUCGGACAAAGGAAGUACCCCCGACAGCGAAUCAAUUUCCAAUGUAUCCGGUGAUAAGAAAAAUCAUUUGCCGGCAUUCUGGGUUCCUUCUAAAGCCCCGUCGGCCAAAAUAGCUGAAAUCGAAAAGCCUGAUGAGAAGGUACGGUGUCCCAUGUCUGGUAAACCUCUUAAGAUGAAGAAUCUAAUUGACAUAAUCUUUACCGAAAUCAAAGAUCGCGAGGAAAAGAAUGUCGUUUUAAAAGACGCACGUUACGUUUGUCCUGUCACAAAUGACGUUUUAAGUAAUAAUGUAGCAUGUGCAGUUUUAAGAACAAGCGGUCACGUAGUCACUUUGGAGUGCGUCGAAAAAUUAAUUAGAAAGGAUAUGAUAAAUCCUUUAGAUGGUAAAAAAUUGACUGAAAAAGACAUUAUUCCAAUGAGAACUUUGGGCGGUGGUUUCGCCUCAGCCGGAGGUAAAGAAUUGCAAGCUAAAAAACAGUAUGCAUCGAUGCAAACUUGA